GGACUCCAUAAGUAGAGAGCUGUUUUUGGAUAUAUGUGAGUAAAGCCACGUGCUCUCCAAGUGUAUUUAUUAGAUGUAAUUUUAAAAUUCUUCAAAAACAACAACAAGUGCUCUGAAUCUUCUGAAAUUGUUAUUUAACCUUAAGAAAUUUGGAGCACAAUGAAAUUGAAAAAGCCCUCCAAGACUAAAGUUGUGCGGAAAAAUGUAAAGAAAGUUAAAAAAAUGAAGAAAGAUUUGAGUGAAAUUACAACUGACGAGUUUAUGAAUCAAGACUUUGAGGCUUCAGCCAGUGAUUCUGAACCAGAGAUCGGAAAAUUCAAUGAUUCAGACUCUGAAUCUGAGCUGGAUCCCAAGGCUCACAAAAAAUCUCUCCAAAAAUUGCAAAAUACUGAUCCAGAGUUCUACGAAUUCUUGAAACAAAAUGACAAAAAACUUCUCAAUUUCGAUGUAUCAGACCAAGAAGAUUCAGAAGAUGAAGAGGAUGAGACUGUGCACCGGCCAAAUGAACAUUUACAUGUGGCAAGUGACGAGGAGGAUGAUCUCGAAUCAAUUGAAAGGAAAGCCCCAGAGGGAGUAACAAAAGUCUCCUUGAAAUUGCUGAAACUCUGGCAGGAAGAGAUCCAGACCGACAAAUCCGCCAAGACUAUUAAGAACAUCACCGAAGCAUUUCACGCAGCACUGUUAACAGUCGCUGACCCAGAGGCAUCGAAAAAUAUUCGAUAUAAAGUUGAAGGUAGUGCAGUGUUCAACGGAGUCGUUCAAUUAUGCAUUAUUCACUUGCCCACUGCCUUCAGAAACUUUCUAAAAAUCUCCUCGAAAUCAAAAUUCGAGGCUCACAAAUCAAAAAGAUUUUACAAAAUCAAAGGAACCCUCAAAGCAUACCUGUCUGAUUUACUCAGGAUUCUUCAAAAUGUUACGUCACCGGAUAUUCUUACAGUCCUGCUGAAACACCUGCAUCAGAUGAUACCCUAUACACAAUCAUUCUCUUCUCUAACAAAACCCUUGAUGAAGAUUUUAAUCAAGUUUUGGUCUUCCGGGGAGGAGACUGUGAGAGUUGUUGCUUUUUUGAGUAUUUUACAGAUUGCGAUGAAUAGAGCGGAUUCUACUCGUGAGACAUUGAUGAAGACAAUGUAUAUUAAAUACGUAGAGAACUCAAAAUUCGUAUCAGAAAGUACAUCGGCCGGUAUAAACUUCAUGAGGCACUCGUUAGCUGAGAUUUAUCUCCUCGAUCAUAAUCUAGCUUACACUCAUGCAUUUUUGUACGUUCGCCAACUAGCGAUACAUUUAAGAAAUGCAGUGACGUUGAAGAAGAAGGAAAAUUUUCAAACCGUCUACAACUGGCAGUACAUAAACUCUCUGAGGUUCUGGUCAGAAUUAGUAGUUCUAUCGAAUAGUAAAUCAAUGCUGAGAUCUCUUUUGUACCCUUUGGUGCAAAUCAUUAUUGGGACAAUCACAUUAAUACCAACUGCUCAAUUUUAUCCAUUGAGAUUCCAUUGUUGUCAAAUGUUAAUCAACAUUUCCAAGGAGGCAGGGGUAUUCAUUCCAGUGUUACCCUAUUUGUUGGAGGUCUUGACAGAUUAUGAUUUCAACAAAAAACACACAUCAGUAACAAUGAAACCGUUGUCAUUCAUAUGUCUAUUAAGAAUGUCAAAAGCCCAGUUGCAAGAAAAUGGUUUCAAAAACAGUGUAAUCGAUAAUAUUUAUCAAUUAAUUUUGGAAUGCGCUGCCAAGGACAGCCACAUGAUAUGCUUUCCAGACAUGUAUGUCUUCUGUAUUAUCCAGCUAAAAUCAUUUUUGAAGAAAUGCAAAGUCGCCAAUUUUUGCAAAAAAAUAAAACAGCUCGUCGACAAAAUUGAGAUGAAUCGCCAGUUCAUAGAGACAGAGCGAAACAAAAUAAUCGUAGAUCUGAGUGACAUGCCGACAAUCAGAAACUGGGAGAAUACAAUUAAGAACAAAGGGACUCCCUUAUCUAAAUUCUACGAGUCCUGGUACAAUCUUCACCAAUCUCAGAAGCUCAAGAUGUUGACCCAGAACGACGCAGAAGGAAACUUGAACCUGCCCAUCUUGAAGAGAUCUCAGAAGAGAAAGCAAGGGAACGAUUUCGAUCAUGACAGUGACCUUGACAUGCCCGUGGAAGAGAUGAACAAGCUCUUGAAGAAACAGGAAGAGAGGAAGAUGAAGAGAGUGAAGAAACAGAAACUGGUUCGCCAAGAGGUAGAAAAGGACGUUCCCAUUAAUGAUUCUGAUAUCGUUAAGGACACAAAUGUCGAUGAUUGGACUUAAUUAUAAUUUUUAUAAAAUAUACAUGAAAAGUGAAAUAGACGUAUUGUGGUAUUUC